UUACUCGCGAAUCGCGAAAGCGUUUGGUUCAACUAAGAAAUAGUUGUCUCAUCAAAGUGUUUCUCAUCGCGUUGUUGCAUUUCUCUAGAAAUUUAUUAACAAAUUAUAUUGAAGCUGUCAUCAAUACAUUUUCAAUGGCAUCCAACAAAUUGAGCUGCACUUUGGCGUUUGGUGCCAUUCUCUGUCUGGGAUUUGCGGUGCUGAUAGAAGCUCAAAAUAAGCCUGUGACUGAUGUAUGCCUUGGAUGCAUCUGCGAGGCCAUCAGCGGCUGCAAUCAGACACAUUAUUGCGGCGGCGGCGUCUGUGGACUGUUUCGCAUCACCUGGGCCUACUGGGCGGAUGGCGGCAAGUUGACCCUGGGCAACGAUAGUCCACAAUCUGAGGAGGCCUUUGCCAACUGUGUGAACGAUCCAAUCUGUGCUGCGAACACGAUUCAGAAUUACAUGACCAAGUUCGGUCAGGAUUGCAAUGGAGAUGGCGGCGUCGAUUGCUAUGAUUAUGCUUCUAUUCACAAGCUGGGUGGUUACGGGUGCAAGGGCGAAUUGAGCUAUCAGUAUAAGAAUACUCUCGAUCAGUGCCUAGCAACCUUCUCGGGUCUGGAUGUUCGCGGUUCAUUCUAAUCGCUUAGCUCUAUAUAUAUUAAUUAUUUAUAUGCAGUUUUGAGUUGGAACUUAUAUUAAAUCAUUUGAAUUGUGCAAAAUCGAUUUUAAACAAUUAACAAUCGAAAUAUAUUGAAACUAAAAUAA